AUGCUUCUGUCUCGUGCGGGGAACCAAGCUUCAAGACGCAUCAUUGCCCCAGCUUCACUUACUUCCACUUGGACUGCGUCAUUGCAUCAGUCAUCUACUUCGCCUUCUUUCAUCCCGCUUAGAGCUAGAACACAAUCAAUUUGGAAUCCAAUUCAAGUUGCAAACAUGUCUACACCCGCCAAGAUUACCGACUGGGUUGACCGCAACGACAAGUCGGGCGAAUUUAAACGCCAAGUUAGCUCGUUCCGCGACUGGAUCUCUCGUGAGCAAGGCGCCAAGUAUCCUCCCGAGAAGGGACGAUACCAUCUCUUUGUUAGCUACGCCUGCCCUUGGGCACACCGAACUUUGAUUACACGACGCCUCAAGGGUCUUGAAGACCUCAUUUCAUUCUCUGUAGUCCACUGGCACCUCGGACAAGAUGGCUGGCGCUUCGUCACCAAGGACGAGAAGGAACCGGGCGAAAAUGUGAUCCCCGACCCUCUUGAAGGCCACGAGGACUUUACUCACUUGAGACAAGUCUACUUUGAGUCUGAGCCCGAGUAUACUGGCCGCUUCACAGUCCCCGUCCUCUACGACAAGAAGACCAAGCACAUUGUCAGCAACGAGAGCAGUGAGAUUAUCCGCAUGCUCGGAACUGAGUUUGACGAUCUCAUUGAUGAAAAGUACCGCUCCGUCUGCGUUUACCCAGCUGCGCUCAAGGAUCAAAUUGAAGAAGCUCAUUCCUGGAUGUACGAUCUCAUCAACAAUGGAGUGUACAAGUGUGGAUUCGCCACAUCCGCUACUGCCUAUGAGCCCCAUGUCUUUGCUCUCUUUGAGGCGCUUGAUCGUGUUGAGAAACACCUGAGCGAGCAGAAGGAUGGACCAUACUGGUUUGGCAAAGACCUGACCGAGGUGGACAUUAGACUGUAUGUCACGCUCAUUCGAUUCGACCCAGUCUAUGUGCAGCACUUCAAGUGCAACAUCCGUGAUAUUCGCUCGGGCUACCCUGCCAUUCACAAGUGGAUGCGCCAGCUGUACUGGAACUUGCCUGCUUUUGGCGAGACAACACAGUUUGAACACAUCAAGUGGCACUACACCCGCAGCCACACGCAGAUUAACCCGUUUUCCAUUACGCCUGUUGGCCCGCUGCCCAACAUUCUUCCCUUGGAGGAGGAAGUGGCUGCUGUCGCAGGCGCCAACAAGGCAUAA